AUGGCUGGCGAAAGUGGUGCGGCGACAAUGAUCGCCCUACCCUCCAGGACCCAAGCUGUCGAGAGCCAGCGUGUCGCUCCCGUGAACCCCGGCCCCCUCACUCCCGACACUUUCCCAUCGAAGUGGCUAAAGAGGUGUAUCAAGCAGAGGGAGCUUGAGCUCCCCACUGCGGUAGCUUUCCUCAUCGUGACCUGCGGCGCCGCUGUCGCCUUUCUUGGGAUAGCCGCCCUCGACAAAGCCACACCGGUCGUGGUGUUUGUGCAAGGCUCGCUCCAGUUGCUCCUCUUCCUUCUUGCGGGCGCUUUGAUCUUGGUUGUCCGCCUCGGCUACGUCCCACUUGACCUAACGUGA